CGUGAAGCUUUAGCUUUGGUAACUGUGGUAGGAGAACUCUGGCCUUUUUGUUACCAGUUUAAACACGGCAUCCUGCCUCAGUUGGUGAUCCUCUUGCGAUAUCUUAAUGGUGUAGUUCAUUCGAGAUGAACACCAUGCGUUUUCAAUGGAGGAACAGCUGGAUUUGUCCAGUCUUACUGGUUCUACUCUUUGCGACAUAUUCAUCGAUGGCUAACGAUUUUCGGGAAAUGGAAGAACUCUACAAUAAUUCCCUGGCCCGCUGGGAUUUUGAGCACGGCGCCACUAUCGCACCAGACAUACUGGGGGGGUUCUGCCAGAUUCAGGGUAUUCACGGCGAGGGCAGCAUUGCGGCCAUAUUGAAGCAAGAGGCCGGUGACCGCUCUAAAUCACCUAAGAUUACUCUGAGUGCAUACGGUUCGUCCAACUGCCCAACAGACCCACUGGCCUGUGAGGAUGGCUUUACUGUGGCCUUUUGGCUGAGCCUCAAGAAUUCCACCAGGUCUGAAGUGGAAGAUGAUUCUAACUGCAUGUUACUGAGCCUCAAUGACACAUCAAGUGAUGGCUUUCAGGUUAUGUUCAAUGCUGCCAACAACGCAGUGUCUUUCCAUGCUGUUGGAAGAAGGAUGCAAUCGUUAGAGGCCUAUAAUGCUACUCACACAUGGAUGUGGAACCAUCUUGGAAUGACAUGGGACAAUCAAACUUCAACUCUGACGAUGUACGUCAACGGGGAGCCGUCAGAGAGUGUAUCCAUGGCAGACAUUCCUACCGUUAUACCGGGGGAACCACUGGCUUCUGAGGGCUGUGAAUACACAGCUUUUGAUAACAUCGCUAUAUGGACUAGGCCUCUGAGUGAAGAUGACAUGAUGAUACUACGCCUCGAUCGAUUCAACGAGACUGAAAUGAUGACCACAACACAACAGGAAACCACACUUGAGGAGACAACACCUGAUCCUACGACUGAGGCUCAAACCACUCCUAUGGAGACAACAGCAUCUUCCACAACGGCUGCAUUGACCUCUACCGCUGAGAAGACGACAGCAUCUCCCACAACGCCUCAAUCUUCUACCACUGAGAAGACAACAGCAUCUCCCACAACGGCUCAAUAUUCUAUCACUGAGAAGGCAACAACAGCUCACACAAUGACCGAAUCUCCUUCCACUGAGAAGACAACCACAUCUCACCCAACAACUGGAACUUCUACCAUGAAGCAAACAACAGUUCCCACAACUGGGUCAACUUUUGAAGGGACUUCUACUACUACUAAGCUAACCACCACAGCUGCAGCCACAACGGCUGAAUCCUCAUCUACGCAACAUUUGCCGACAACCUUGGCAGGAGAAACUACUCCUAAAACAUAUGAAACAGUUAAGCCUUCAACGUCAGAUUUCACUCUAGAAGAUGCUGUCAAUAAGGUGGAGGGAGCAAACAGUACCAGGGAAGUCAUUGAGAGUCUGCAGUUUGUGGGUACGCACCUGACUGGAUAUGGUAACCCUUCCGAUGAAAUGAUUCAGAAGGACAGGAAGAAUAUACAGAGCAUUCUGGACGCCAUGCCACCAAAAAUGGAAACGUUUAGGGAUUCAUCUGAGAUAGAGACGGUGUUGGAGGAAUACAUGGGCAUAGUCAACGAUGUUCUUUCAAUCAACAAGCAGUAUGCUAGCGAGCACAAGAUGCUUUUGUCAGGGGUGGACCUAGCCAUUGCUGUGGAUAGCAUGCUGUCGGCUUACAUUAAUACAGUGUCCAAAGGUGAAAAAGUUAUCCAAAACACUUAUGUAGAUACCACCUUGUCUGAAUCUGUUGGGACUGGCUCUGACAUCGUCAUGAAGCUUCAGCAAGGAUGUGAUAGUUCCUGCAACGAUUACGACAUCGUCGUUGUGAUACCAAGUGGCGUUUUCGAGGAUUCACAAACUAACAAACAAGCAAGCGCAUCAACUUUCUAUGAAGGAGUCAAAGAUCAUCUGCCAAAAAAUAUCAUCGGAGACAAGACGGAAUACCAAGUGGCAAGUUUCCUUGUUGGAGUCAAUUUGAAUGUCCCAUCACCAUCGGCACUGUCAGUUGACAUUACCGUCACCAUCAGUAUUAGCAAGCUGAAUGCUACACAAGAAGCAAAGUGUGCGUUCUUAGACAGCAGUGGAAGCUGGAGCACAGUUGGUGUCUCAUCAAUAACGGAUAAAGACAACAAGACUGUUAACUGCACCAGCAACCAUCUGACUAACUUUGCGGUGCUGGUUUCCACCAGACAACUAGAUAUAAGCGUGGUAGAUAGAGUGGCGUUGGAAAUACUGACGAAUGUUGGACUGGCUAUUUCCAUAACAUGUCUCAUUCUGACACUAAUUAUUCUGAAUGUUCUGAGACAAUUAAACAGCACUCGUAUCAGCAUACUGAAGCACACUGCUGCUGCCUUGUUGAUUGCUCAGAUAAUGUUCAUCGUGGGAGCUUCAAAUCUUAACCAGGUGGAUGGACUGUGUACAGCAGUUGCUGCGAUGCUUCACUACUUCUUUCUGUCCACGUUCUGUUGGAUGUUGAUCCAAGGAGUGCAACUCUACAUGAAAGUCCGUCGUGCACUCAAGGGCAACAUUGAUAUGGUCUACUUCUAUGUAUUUGGAUGGGGUUUCCCAGCCAUUAUUGUGGCCAUCAGUGUGGGUGUGUCCCACACAAACUACAAAAACGCCAGUGGUGUGUGCUGGAUUUCACUGGAGCAUGGAGUUGGCACAUUGAUUGCGUUUAUUGGACCUGCUUAUCUCAUACUUGUGAUCAACUUGGUGGUGCUUUUCAUGGUGAUGCAUGUAUUUCUGACAGUCAAAGUCAACAAAGACAAGUCAGAAAUGGACAAGCUCAAGUCUGGAUUUAAAGCUGUGAUCGUCAUGGUCCCAAUCCUUGGUGUGACAUGGUUCUUUGGCUUGUUCAUCAUCGUCAGCCCUGACUUGGUGUUCCUGUAUCUGUUUGUCAUCUUUAAUACCUCGCAGGGGCUGCUCAUGUUCUUGUUUCAUGUGGUGUUUAAUGACGAGGUCAAGCAAGCCAUAGUCAAGAAACGCAACAAGAUCGCUGCAAGCAAGGACUCGCAUUCUAUCUUUUCCAAAGCAUUGAAAUCCAAAUCUGGAACAGACCAAACCACAACUGAAGGCAUUGACGGGACUUAUAAAAGUCGCAAAUCACCAAGACCCGCCUUUACAGUGCCUAGUCGUUUUUAGUCAGGGGCAUGCUGAUGGCCCGCAUGCACUUUAAUGCUACCUUGACGAGUGGUGUUCAGUAAUAACGGGCAGUCUGGUGCCUGCUGACCCAACUCUACGAAGACAUUGGUUUCCCAUCGGGUGAUGAGGACACCCAACGCAGCUGUUAGGGUGCACCCAACUAAAUAAACUCCCAUAGCAUACAGUGCAAAAUGCUAAUAUUAAAAAAUGCACGAAAAAUACUUAGAAGUCUCACAACUUUUUACACUAAAGGAAAAAUUAUUUAUUGACUCUUGAACUGUACCCCUCUGCUCAGUUUAACAUUGGGCGUCCCUGGGCCCUUCCAGCUACCCCCUCCAAGCAAAAACACACCUUCACCAGUGUCAUUUUUCAAAACGUCCAAGCAUAAAUUUUGAAAAUGUCCCUACACCUCUCAGCUAAUAUAGGACCAUUUUUUUGGGCCCAAUGUCAUCCAAAAUACAUCAAGUUGGAAGUCAACAACCCCAUGUCACAAUAUUGCGCACAUUUCUUUUUUACACUGAAACUGUUUUAGGGGCUGUGAAAUUUGUCUUAUAUAUAGAAUAUUUUGAGGGCCCCAACAAAAGAAUUAAACUGAGCUCACACUCUGUUUUCUCCUGUUUAGUGGGGUGCACCCAUAGUACGUACCAUCAAUUGUUUGUGUGGCCAGUCUAGACAGAACUCAUAUCAACCGGUGCCUUUUCUCUGAACAAAUUAUAUAUUUUGUUUGACUAAUUAUUUAAAUGUUAAAUAUAUACAUAAUGGAUCUAACCAUACAAUUGUAAAACUGGUGGAUGUUUUAGCUAGUUGAAUGAGAUUGUCAUGUUGAUAUAAAGACAUUUUAUUCGUUUAAAGGCAGUGGACACUAUUGGUAAUUGUCAAAGACUAGCCUUCACAGUUGGUG